GGUCCCAGCCGAUCCGCGCCCCUCUGCGCACGCGCCCCCUUCUCAGAGGUUCCACUCGGGGGUUCUCUUGACAGCUCCCCCACCAGCUCUUUCAGUUCUUGGCCGUGGGCUUCCCGGCGCCGGCUUCUUUCCUUAGACCACUCCCUCAUCCUGAUCUCCCGGACUGUCCCCCUUUUAUGGGGACAGGAGCACAGGCUUUUGGGACCUCUGGCUGGGGUUCCCCGAACGACCCUCUCCUGAUAUGAGAGUCCGUUUGGUUCUGUCCCUGUUUCGUACAUCUCUUGGGCAUGAGUGACAGAUACAGGAUGUUGUUGGUGAGCUGGAGGUCGGCAAAUAGGAUCCCAAGCAGUAGAAACAGCCAAGUCCAGAAUGAUGGUGGCAGGAGUGGGGGUUUGUAUUUUGAGACAGGGUCUCAGCUAUGUAGCCUUGACUGUCCUCCAACUCUAUGUAAACCAGGCUGGCUGGCCUCGAGCUCACGGAGGUUCACCUGUCUGAAUGCUGGGUAAAGACGUGGGCCUCUAACCUCUGUUUGAGACCUGAGUUCUUGAACCUGCCCUUGCACUGGACUGGAGUGACUCAAGAUGGGCUGGUUCUGCUUGAUACAACUGCUGUCUUUUUUUGGAAGGACACAUUGAGUGAGCUUUUCCUGGUGGGAACUGGGCUGACAUAGUGGUAGUUUUAGGAUGGCCACACUUGGACGGCCUUCUCUUCCCCAGCCCCAACUAGGACAGCUUUAAGGAUGAGCUGAGGAGGGGAAAGAGUGUGUGUGAGGAUGCGGACACUUGUGUGCUGAAUUUUGGAGACAGAAAUAAGUAGCCAGAGGCUACCAGAUCUUUUCCUGCCUUGCAAGUGUGUCAGUGGUCCCUUUAAUGCUGCCAUCUGUGUUAUGCCCUCUGGAGCAGACACACUGGCUGACAGACAGACAGUGCAGGAAGAAUAAGUUGACCACUGAGGGUAGGAGAGUGGGGGUGUAUUCAGAGGCCCCAGGGUGUUGCUAGGCCAGUCAUACUGCUGUUUCCUUGAUGAAGGUCAGACUCUCCUCCAGCUGUCACGGGCAGGCAAGGACAGGGCGGCAGCAGCGUCCAUGGAGCAGAAGGAAUGUCAGGACCCUGUGCGUCCAGACAGGGACCAGCCUCAGCAUCAACAGCCAACACAAAGAUAGCAGAGCCAUCUCAGGGUUAAACCAUGAUUCCGGUGACAGAGCUCCGCUACUUUGCGGACACACAGCCAGCAUACCGGAUCCUGAAGCCAUGGUGGGAUGUGUUCACUGACUACAUCUCCAUUGUCAUGCUGAUGAUUGCUGUCUUUGGAGGGACACUGCAAGUCACCCAGGACAAGAUGAUCUGCCUACCUUGUAAGUGGGUCACCAGAGACUCCUGCAAUGAUUCCUUCCGGAGCUGGGCAGCCUCCAGCCCAGAGCCCACUUACCCCAAUUCCACAGUCCUGCCAACUCCUGACACAGGCCCCAAAGGUAUCAAGUAUGACCUAGAUCGGCACCAGUACAACUACGUAGAUGCUGUGUGUUACGAGAACCGUCUGCAUUGGUUUGCCAAGUACUUCCCCUACCUUGUGCUCCUGCACACCCUCAUCUUCCUGGCCUGUAGCAACUUCUGGUUCAAGUUCCCACGCACCAGUUCUAAGCUGGAACACUUUGUGUCUAUCCUGCUCAAAUGCUUCGACUCGCCGUGGACCACGCGGGCCCUGUCAGAGACCGUAGUGGAGGAGAGCGACCCCAAGCCGGCCUUCAGCAAGAUGAACGGCUCCAUGGACAAGAAGUCAUCUACGGUCAGCGAGGACGUGGAGGCCACUGUGCCCAUGCUACAGCGGACCAAGUCACGGAUCGAGCAGGGCAUCGUGGACCGGUCGGAGACGGGCGUGCUGGACAAGAAGGAAGGGGAGCAGGCCAAGGCGCUGUUCGAGAAGGUGAAGAAGUUCCGGACCCACGUGGAGGAGGGGGACAUCGUGUACCGCCUGUACAUGCGGCAGACCAUCAUCAAGGUGAUCAAGUUCGUCCUCAUCAUCUGCUACACCGUCUACUACGUGCACAACAUCAAGUUUGAUGUGGACUGCACCGUGGACAUCGAGAGCCUCACGGGCUACCGCACCUACCGCUGCGCCCACCCUCUGGCCACCCUCUUCAAGAUCCUGGCGUCCUUCUACAUCAGCUUGGUCAUCUUCUACGGUCUCAUCUGCAUGUACACACUGUGGUGGAUGCUGCGGCGCUCCCUCAAGAAGUACUCGUUUGAGUCGAUCCGAGAGGAGAGCAGCUACAGCGACAUCCCAGACGUCAAGAACGACUUCGCCUUCAUGUUGCACCUCAUCGACCAGUACGACCCGCUCUACUCGAAGCGCUUCGCUGUCUUCCUGUCCGAGGUGAGUGAAAACAAGCUGCGCCAGCUGAACCUCAACAACGAGUGGACGCUGGACAAGCUGCGCCAGCGCCUCACCAAGAACGCGCAGGACAAGCUGGAGCUGCACCUGUUCAUGCUCAGCGGCAUCCCCGACACCGUGUUCGACCUGGUCGAGUUAGAAGUCCUGAAGCUGGAGCUGAUACCCGACGUGACCAUCCCGCCCAGCAUCGCCCAGCUCACCGGCCUCAAGGAGCUGUGGCUGUACCACACAGCGGCCAAGAUCGAGGCUCCUGCCCUGGCCUUCCUGCGUGAGAACCUGCGGGCACUGCACAUCAAGUUCACUGACAUCAAGGAGAUCCCACUGUGGAUCUACAGCCUGAAGACGCUGGAGGAGCUGCACCUGACCGGCAACCUGAGCGCAGACAACAACCGCUACAUCGUCAUUGAUGGGCUGCGGGAGCUCAAGCGCCUCAAGGUGCUGCGCCUCAAAAGCAACCUGAGCAAGCUGCCGCAGGUGGUCACGGAUGUGGGCGUGCACCUGCAGAAGCUGUCCAUCAACAACGAGGGCACCAAGCUCAUCGUCCUCAACAGCCUCAAGAAGAUGGUUAACCUGACGGAGCUAGAGCUGAUCCGCUGUGACCUGGAGCGCAUCCCUCACUCCAUCUUUAGCCUCCACAACCUGCAGGAGAUUGACCUGAAGGACAACAACCUCAAGACCAUUGAGGAGAUCAUCAGCUUCCAGCACCUGCACCGCCUCACCUGCCUUAAGCUGUGGUACAACCACAUCGCCUACAUCCCCAUCCAGAUCGGCAACCUCACCAACCUCGAGCGCCUCUACCUGAACCGCAACAAAAUCGAGAAAGUUCCCACCCAGCUCUUCUACUGCCGCAAGCUGCGCUACCUGGACCUCAGCCACAACAACCUGACCUUCCUCCCCGCUGACAUUGGCCUGCUGCAGAACCUCCAGAACCUGGCUGUCACAGCCAAUAGGAUCGAGGCGCUCCCCCCAGAGCUCUUCCAGUGUCGGAAGCUGCGGGCUCUACAUCUGGGCAACAAUGUACUGCAGUCGCUGCCCUCGAGAGUGGGUGAGCUGACCAACCUGACGCAGAUUGAGCUUCGGGGCAACCGGCUGGAAUGCCUGCCCGUGGAGCUGGGCGAGUGCCCGCUGCUCAAGCGCAGUGGCCUGGUGGUGGAGGAGGACUUGUUCAGCACACUGCCACCUGAGGUGAAGGAACGGCUCUGGAGAGCUGACAAGGAGCAGGCCUGAGCACAGCCUGGAGAAGCAGCAAAGAGCCUCAGCACACCCUCAGGCCAAGUGGGCAGCCCAGCUCUCCCAGGACUGCUGACAGCCAGCUGGGUCCAGCCAGGCAGAGGCUGAGCCAGAGCAGAAAACAGGGACUGAGGGGCUGGUCCCUUUUCUCCCGCCGGGACAUGUACACCCAGGACAGACACUUGCUGGAGACCAGAAUCUCUGAGACUAGUCUCAGAGUGCAGUAUUUGGACAAUCAGGGUCUUCACACUGGAGGCCAUCUCUGCCUCAGAGGCCGAGCCAGCACCAGAGGCCCAGGAACAGUAACUUAGAUCUGGGUAUUUAUUUUUUCCACUUCCCAUCUUUUCCCUCCAGAUAACUUACACAUUCCCAAGAAGGUCCGGCUCUGUGGGAAGUGUUUAGCACCCUGACAGUGUUCACCUUUUUCUUUUUGGGUGAUGCUGACAGAAUCAAGUGCCCACCCAGACUUGGGCAGAGUUAGGUAGGGUGAGCCAGCUGCAGGACAGUUCCUUGUUGGCACUGGGCUAGGCUCUGGCAGCAAAGCUUGUGGGAGACCAGGCCUCCAGGUGGAAGGGUCAGGCCUGGGACUUGCCCCGUCAGGUGUUUGAAGCAAUUUUAGAUUUUUUUUUUAAGUGAGUUCUUUUUGUUUUUGUUUUGUUUUUUGUUUUUUGUUUUUUUGUUUUUUUUUUUUUUUAGCUUUGAAAAUGAUGGUUUGGAUAUUAAACAAAAAUUAAAAAAAAAAAAAAGACACUAAAGGCCAGUGAGUUGAAGUCUCAGGGUGGGUGGUAUUUCCCCCUUGAGCAGAGCAGCAAGACAUUGAACAACAUUUCCUGUCCUUGGGGUGUGGGCCAGGAUGUCUUCCCAGGAUGUCCUGACCGCGGGCCAGAAGUGCUCUUUGCUCUUCUCCCGGGACAGGCUUUUAUUUUUGUUUGCUUUUAAGGGUGGGUUUUUUUGUUGUUGUUGUUGUUGGUUUUUUUUUGGUUUUUUUUUUUUUUUUUUUUUGGUGUCCUGUUAUUUUUUUUCUCCUCCGUGGGUCUUGGCAGGCACCCUUUCCGUGGCUGUCAGCCAAAAGGAAGGCUCUGGAGCUGCCAAGAAGGGGGGAGAUUUGGGCUGGCUAAUUCCCAGAUGAACGGUGCUCCAUCCCCCUCCCGACCCCCACAGCGUCCCUCCACACACAAACACACACACACAUACACACAGUGUUAAGGAGCCCAGAGCAGCUGCUUCCCUGCCCCCAACUCUGUCCCCACACCACAGUUUUGCUUAGUGCCACCGCUCGCCUCUUCUGCUUACAUUAGCUCUGUCACCGUCUGGUCCUUCGUGAAGAGCUGACAUUUAGAGGCAAAUUGGGCUGGAGAGGUCGGCACUGGGAGGGCGGGCUCCCCAGUUUUGGGGUUCCAGGACAGUUUGUACUGGGCACCUGGUUUGCACACAGUGCAGUUGGCAUCUAGUGGCGGGAAGCCACUCUGCUUUAGAUCAAUCACUAGGGUCCCCACUUAGAAGGGUCCUCGCCUUAGAUCGAUCACGCUAAGGCACGUUUUAGCGUCUCUUGUCUUAAUGAUUAUGUCUGUCUCUCCGUCCAUCUGUGUUUUCUGCGUCGUGUCAUUGGAUGUAACCCUUGGAAAUACUGCACACUAGCCUUUGACAACCAUGAAGCAAUCCGUUACACAUGGGUCUGACUUGUAGACUCAGUUCAGAUAUCAAAUAAAUCUAUAACACAGUU